CCCUCUAUAAUAAAUUAUUACUUACUUACCUAUUAGUCUACACAAUACUUAUACCCCUACUCAUAUGCUUACAAAAAUAAUAAAUACGGUUGUUCAUAGUGAAGACUCAAUUGUAAUUUAGACGUUGAUAAGCACCGGUGUAGUUUUUUUAGCUGAAAAAUAAAAUUUAUCACGAAAAUGGAAAAGUGGAAUGGAAAAGUUGCUGUAGUAACUGGUGCUUCUUCUGGAAUUGGAGAGGAAACUUGUCGACAACUGGUUAAAAAGGGAAUGAUUGUGGUUGGUUUUGCUAGAAGAGAAGAUAAACUUCAGGAGUUAGAAAAGAGUUUAAAAGGAAAACUGGGUAAAUUUUUUUACGUUAAAGUGGAUUUAUGUUCGGAAGAAAACAUUUUGGAAGCUUUUAAUUGGGUAAAGAGAACAUUAAAAUCUAUCGAUGUACUGAUUAACAAUGCAGGUGUUAUGAAACAAAGUGAUUUAUUAGGAAAAACAAAUGAUUGGAAGCAAAUGUUUGAUACUAAUGUCAUAGGUCUCAACAUUUGCAGCAGGGAAGCCAUAAAAAUUAUGGAAGAACUCAAAACCAAAGAGGGCCACAUAAUAAAUAUUAACAGUAUUGGAGGUCAUUACCAAUUUCCAUUUAUGAAAGACAUUGCAAUUUAUACCGCUACCAAACAUGCCGUUACUGAAAUUACAGAGUCUUUAAGAGAAUUGUUAGGCAUGAAAAAUUUGCCCAUCAGAGUCACGAGUAUCAGUCCGGGUGCAGUAGAAACCGAAAUGAUUGAAGAAGUGAGACAUUUAAAAGAACAGAAUAUGUUGAAAUCUACUGACAUCGCUGAAGCUAUCAUGUAUGCGUUGAGUGUACCACAACGUGUUAACAUCGCUGAAAUCAUCAUACGACCAACAAAAGAAAAUACAUUAGCUUUCAUGAAGAGCACCAUGUAAAUAUGAUUGAUAAACAUCUAUAUAUAUAUAUAUAUUAUGAAUAAACAAUACAAUAUGUAGUAUGUAUUUAUCGUAUGUAUAAUUAUAGUUAUAAUUAUAUGUACUUAUCUUCUUUAUGGAUAUGCUUUAAUACACCUGGAAAUUUUAUAAAUGCCGAAUUUCUAUCAUACUAACUUCACUUAUGCCAGCUAUAAUAUCUAUUAUAACACUUAUCACACAUUUUUAUUGUAUGUAAUAACUUUGUGCAACAGAUUUUUGUCUGUCAAAAUAAAAAUAAAUAUGAUAUAAAUAUAUUCAAUAUAAUAUUAUUAUAUUAUUUAAGAAACCUAUUAGACUAAACAAAAUA